AUGCCAUCAGGCUCCACAUCCACCAUGACCAGCGCAGCUACUGUAGUUCCGGCGCCUCCCGGUGUGUUUGCUACCUCUAUGCCGCCUGAGUUGCCCAAUUCGUCUAGUCCCGUUCCUUCAUCCGAAGAUCGGGAGUCCAUCUCCUCUAACGAAAGCCGUAAGAGGCGCACCACUAGUGUUGCAAAUGGUGUCGCUGCGGCUACCGGUGUAAAGUCUCUUUCCUCCUCUUCUUACUCUACACCCCCUCAGUUCAUCAUCGAUUCAAACAAGACGGGAUCACCCACCAGUUCUUUCAGUAAACUCCGGAAGAAAGUCAAAUCCAGUCGAUCGCGUGUUAGUCAGAAUGGAGGCACGUAUUGUGUAAAUAAGCCCCUGAAGGUGACCAUCCGGCGGACGAAUGCGCAUUCUCACACGUUGGAUUCGAGCCAACUGGAUGGACGGCUUUCACCCUCCUCCGUCUAUUCCUCUGUCCCAGGAGACGACGAAAAGAGUCCCGUACUUCCUUCUGGAUUACCAGAAAGUUUCCGGUCCCCAUCUCCGCAUUGCAUGUCCAAUCUCAAGGGUGUGGAUUCUUAUGGCGGUAAAAAGGAUGUGGCCACAUCGACUGUGGAUUCUAGUACUAUGACUGAGCCGGAUUUGUUGGGACCUUGUGAGCCUGGAUCAAAAAUAGUGCUUGAAGGCAUUGUCUGGUUAGAGACCCCAGGGAUGAUGGUUGUAAACGCACAUUGGCGGGGCAGAGCAUUCCUCGGAACCUUCCUGGAUGCCUCUAAAAACACUCUUGGUCCAUCCUGUCCGGACAAAAUGAUAUCAUCGCUUAGCAUGGUCAAAUGCAAGCCAAAUUGGGGCGGACCAAGUUCCACAUCAUCCGGUGCCUACCGAUCUUCUACCUCAGGCGCAAAUGCUGCCUCCACUUCCUCAGGCCCCAUCAGGACUCGCUCCGCUAUCGCAGCAGCUGAGGAUCCUUCGAUGGCGUCGCGGCGCCGGGCUCUGCCAUCCAGUGCUUCAUCUGGCCGUGGCCGACGACGACGCCGGGGUAUUGGAAUGGUUACCUCCUCCUCCACCACCUCCCUCCCCACCGACGGGAUCGAUUCCAGUCUCGGCGAUCAGGAUGAUGGUGCGGCUGUGAGCAACACGCUUUCUGACACUCCAUCUACCUCUGAUUUUGCCUGUCCGCAGCUGGGCUGUAAGAAGCGCUUUGCUGACAUAAUUGGAGUUCGUUUCCAUUUGGAUCAAUGCCAUGCGCAACGGCAGGAACAGGAGGCGCACGCUACGGAAGCAUCGAAUAUAGCGAUAGUGGAAGUUCAUUCGAGCUCCUCACCCACGGGCCAGGCGCCACCUCAGCUUGCAAAAGUGAAUUCAAACGGUGGAGGCUGUUCCCUGGAACCAAUGGAUGAAGACCCUCCGCCUCCGAAGUUGGAUCGCGGACCGACUGCGGAUGAAGUGGUGGAAUCCUCCGGCAUGGCCAUGUGCGAACCGCCAACGGCUAGUCCGGCCUACUCGGACAUUUCGGACGAUGCUCCAGCAGCACCGCAGAAGAGCAGAUCGACAGUGGAGGUUGGACGCCGUCCUUGGCCACCACCAACAGUAGUGAAUCAACCCCAGACUCAGCCUAUGGAUUGGUCGGCUGCUGGUAGGCGUGUUGUUCCUUCAGGAAAGUCGCCUUAUGACUAUGCUCCGGCGUCACAGCCUCCACCGACUGGAAUUACUUUGGCUCCGUUUGCGGCGGCAGCAGUCGCAGGUGGUGCCAGUGGGGGUAGCCCCUACGCUCAUCAACAGUCACAACAAUCACAUCAUCGCCACAGACCUCUGAAUAUUCCUCCGACGGCUCAUGCCUCUGAUAAAUUAUUCCAGGCUCAUUUUGCCAAUCUAAUGGCGGCUGGAGGAAAUCCCAGUAAUAACACUAAUAACUCUCAACCACCGAACAGGCAGUCGCCCCAAGUAAUUCCUCCGGGAAUGCAUCCUUUCCGACCUCAAUAG